AGAGCGCUCUUCUGUAGUUGCAAUUUGCAAAUCCAAUUCAACAGCUGUUAGUUUCCCAAAGCACCUUUUACGUCAUGGAAAAUUACAACAAAACCCACCAAAGAGCUUUGGCAUUGACUCGUGAUCAGGAACAUGAAAUCAUGGUCUCUACCCUUAUGCAAGUAAUCAACGGAGGACAGCCUUCCACGUCUGUGUUAAGUUCAGGUACUAGGACCAACAAUGGGUUUACUUUUAACGACACGUGUCUUCCACUGAAAGUUAACGGCUAUAAUGAAUAUUUCAACAGUAUUUUCCCGCCAAGCCAACAACAAGAAGUACAACCAGUUGGAGUCUCAACAAACAGGAACAACUACAACAACAGGAAGCAUUACAGGGGAGUACGGCGCAGGCCAUGGGGGAAAUGGGCGGCGGAGAUUCGAGACCCGAAAAGGGCAGUUCGGGUUUGGCUGGGGACGUUCGACACGGCGGAAGUUGCUGCCAGGGCUUAUGACAGGGCGGCUAUUAGGUUCCGUGGAGAUAAAGCAAAGGUCAAUUUCCCAUUAUCAGAUUACAAAAUGGAGCAACAAGAAGAAGAGGGAGAAAAGAAGAAAGAAACUCAGGAAGAGGAAGACAAGAGCAAUGGAGAAAAAGGAGAGAGUAGUAAAGAAAAAGAUGAAGAAGCAUGGGAAAUAUUUUCAGAGAAGGAGUUAAGGGAGCUAAUGAUGAUGGAUUAAUGGCUGCUACCUUCCUCCCCUGUAUAUAAUUUUGGCAUAUAAUAAUUAAUGAAAUAAAACAAAAUUUUGGUAAGUUUACUCACUUUUGUAAGGGAGGCAGCGGGGACGAGGAUUAAUGUAAACUGUUUUUAAUUAGUUUAAUAAAUCACUUCUUAGUAUAUAAUGUUUGUUUACGCUAAAUGGAUGGAAACAUUCCUUUUUAUGUAUGGGUAAUUACCAAAAUCAUGUUUCAAAUUCUAAAUUCUUAGACUAUGUAAGCGUUAUGCUUAAGGAAAGCAAAUCCCACUAAUUCACAUGUUCUAGAAAAAAAAACAGCAGGUUAAGAAAAGGAGAAGAAGCAGCCGCAGCAGCUGAAGCGUAAGGUACGAGCAUGCCACGUGUAAGGGAGCUUUGCUGACUGAAUGUCUCAAAACAAAGUAUAGGUGUCAGAUGAAGGACUGCUUCUCUUUUUU